UGGCGCGCGCGGGAAGACCCAGUGAGCGGCGGCGGCGGCGGAAGCGCCGCGCUCGGCCCUGCGGCUCCGCUCCGUGCGGAGCGAACGGCGGCGGGAGCUGGGCGAGGAGAUCCGGAGAGCCGCUUCUGCGAGGCGCAGGUAAGGUUCCUUUCGUUUGAAGAUGCCGCUCUUCGGGAAAAUUAUCAUCAUUAAACGGAACGGGACCGAUGGGAUUUAUUUUCCGCUCACCGCCAGCUCUUGUUUAUUUGGAAGGAGAACAGAAUGUGACAUUCGCAUCCAGUUGCCUCAGGUCUCAAAGGAACACUGUAAAAUUGAAGUAAAUGAAAACAAGGAGGCAAUAUUGACUAAUUUAAGUGCCGUAAAUCCCACGCAGCUGAAUGGUGAUUAUUUUCAGCAGCCUGUACCUCUGAAGCAUGGGGAUGUGCUAACGAUUAUCGAUCGUUCUUUCAGAUUUGAAUACCCUCUCCAAUCAACUCCCAAGAAGAGACGUUCUAGAUCUCCAAAAGAUGAAACACUGCAGGUUCUUCAUGUUCAGCAGGUGGCAGAAGUGGAGCUGUUACACAAACAAACUUCGGGAUCUAAAAGUCUUUGUUCUUCAGAUAAUGCUGAGUGCAAAGAACAAAACACUGAUGAAAACAAACAAAGCACAGAGGAAAACUUUUCCAAAGCCGUGCCAGCUAAGAUACAAACACUCAAGUCUUACAAAAUACAACAACCUACUAAGAAGGAAAAUGAAAUGUCUCCUUUUAGUAAGCUCUAUGAAAAGCUGAAACUUGAGGUUAAAGGGAGAAAACUUCUACAAGAAGGAAAUUUACGUCAAAAAGCUGGAAAAGAAGAUGGGAAGAGUGUUCUGCUAGAACCAAAUGCUCAAAUUUCAUCAAGUAGUGUUUAUGACCUGGGAAAACUGACUAAAGGAAAAGAAAGAGACAUAAAUGGAAAAGCCAAGGAAUAUAAAAUGAAACAAGAUGUAAUCAGUUCAGAGUUGAGUCAGAGCUCAGCUGUAGGAAGUGCUGCCAGGAAGAGUUUUACCAAAACUCCUCAAACUUCUGUUUCAAAGGAAGUGACAAAAGAUGGCGGUAAGGGAAGUCACCUGCAAGGUGAUAAGGAAUUAAGCCCAUCAGGGAAAUGGAAAGAUCCUGAAGUUACAACCAAACCCCAGAAGGAGAACGAUGGAAAUGCAGCAUUUUCACCCAAGCCGUGCUUGGGUCGUGCAGAUAAAAUCGACAGCUCUGCAAUAACAGUAGAUAAACUAACACCAGCAGCUAACGUGACAAAUGUGUCAGAAGGAGAUAAAUAUGUUCUGUCUACACCAAGGCCUGGAAGGAAGAGUCUUCGGUCUCGUUUCGUGUCACCUGCCAAAGAAGCGCGUGGUACGGCUUCUGUAAGUACUGGGACUCCAACAGCUCGUGGAGAUGUGUUGUUGGAACAUGAGUCUUUUUCAGCAAUUUCAGCUGGUACUCAAGGGGAAGAUUCGGUGUGCAGAAAUGAUAGCCUCCAACAACUGCCUUUGGCAGAAAAUAAAUGCUUGAAACAGAGACGAAAUAGUAAACAACGUACACCGGGAGAAUCAGUGAAAGAAGUGCUGACUGAAAUUUGUGAUCAGACAAACAUUAACUUGAAAAAGAGAGAAUCUGGGUCUCCUGCAGCUUCUAAGAGUCCCAGAAGAAAUAGCAGGCCAAGUAAUGAGUCAACAAACAAGAGCAUCCAUUCAGAAACAUCAGCUUCAGAAGAGUUCACAUCAGAUCUGGCAUCUCCUGCUAGUCAGAAAUCUGGCUCUGGAAGAAAAAGGGGAAGGAGAAGGACCUCUGGACAGUUAACUGAAGAAGCACUGGAGACAAAAGCAGUUCAAGAACACCACGAUGAGACUGCAGACAGAAAAGACAGUGAAACUAAACAAGAGCUGGCUACCAAGGAUUGUCAAAAGAAACAGGAUUUGGAAGAUACCCAUAUUCGAAGACCUCAUAGAUUAUCAUCCAAAAGGUCUUCUGGAAGUGCUACUGCACUGAAAGACAGUGAGACUUCUUCAGAAUUAAAUAUUUCUGGCCUGUCAACUGAAGAGCAGUCAGGUAAGACCAAAAGGAUAUCUCAGAAGAGGACAAGUAGUGAUUUGUUACCUCAGCCUUUAGGAAAAAGAAAAAGAGUGUCUUUUGGUGGUCAUCUAAGUCCAGAACUCUUUGAUAAAAGCUUGCCUCCCAACUCACCCCUUAAAAGAGGUGCCAUUCCUGCAAGACUGAGCUUACCCUUUGGAAACUCGCCACGUGCAGUCCUGAAAAAGGGGCAGGGACUGAAGCACUUCGCAGUCCAGGAACUUAGUGUACGCUUGCAGAAAGAAAAAACGUCACCGAAAAGUGUGUCAGCCCAGAAGUCCCCACCUGCCUCAUCCCCUGUCUCUGGAAAAGCAACGCCUACAUUCACUUUAAGCUCUCCAGCACCUUACACAAAAGGACGUUUCUCUGUUUCUCAAAUAACGACUCCAUCCCCCAUUGCAGAAGAGCAGAAUGCUGAUGCGAAAGAUAUGAAUACGAAGGAGAAGAGUGCUGGCCAAGUGAAAACACCUAAAUCUGCUCACGUUAACGAAGAUGAGAAAACCUUUUUGAUGAGUACACCUAACAAAUUAACCAGAAGUUCACAACAUGCAUUGAGGAAGACUCCCAUGAAGAGGAGGAGUGGGGCUGUGGCAGUAAUCAGUGCAAAAAGAAGAAGUGGUGCUUCUAGUGCUAAUUUACUAGUUGCAAAAACUUGGGCAGAAGUGGUGAAAUUAGGUGUUGCGAGACCACAGGUGAAGGCUGUCAAAAAAUGCGUUCAGAAAGGAAGACCAGCAAGGAAAAUAACACAAUCACCAAAGACUCCAGAAAGAAAAAUAAAGGGUCAUUUUAGCACUGGUCAUGCAGAGUCUCCUGCUACAAUAGUUGUAGGUAGAGCUUACUCCACCACAGUUCAAACAGCUGGGAAGGUUCCUAAAGUGGUAAAAAAUCCAAUCUUGAAACGAAACAUGAGCAUGGACGAAAACUUCACAGGACUGACUGAGAUGUUUCAAACUCCAGACAAUAAGGGUGGAAAAACAUUGCCUUUGACCACUGCUCAUAAUUUUACUCCAGCAUUCACUGCAAUGGAGAUUUCUGAUCUGCAUACUCCUGAAGAAUCUGGAGAGAUGAUGGUGUCACCAUUAAAUGCUUCAGAUGUUUCAGAACAGAAGCAAGAUUGUCAAGACAUCUCUUACUUUCUGAGAGAGAGAGAGUCUCUAAAGUCUGUGUUUGAUGCAAUAUCCACAAAAACUCCUGAUAAAAGAAGAAGUAUGCUGGAAGAAGAUAGUGGCAUGGACAGUGUGUCAGUAAAUCCAGAGAAACAAGUAUCUCGAGUGAAGUCACCAAGUAAAAGGAAAAUUCCAAGUCAGAAGUUGGAGUCAGUUGAGGUUGCAUCAAGUAUCAAGCAGCCUUUAAAGACCCCAAAGCAGAAGUUAGAGCCAGCAGACACCUUGUCAGGCAUCAAGCAGCUCAUGAAGACCCCAAAGCAGAAGUUAGAGCCAGUAGAGUCCUUGUCGGGCAUCAAGCAGCUUUUGAGGACCCCAAAGCAGAAGUCAGAACCAGCAGAGGUCCUGUCAGGAAUCAAGCAGCUCAUGAAGACCCCAAAGCAGAAGUCGGAACCAGCAGAGGACCUGUCGGGCAUCAAGCAGCUCAUGAAGACCCCAAAGCAGAAGUUAGAGCCUGUGGAGUCCUUGUCGGGCAUCAAGCAGCUUUUGAGGACCCCGAGGCAGAAGUCAGAACCAGCAGAGGACCUGUUGGGCAUCAAGCAGCUCAUGAAGACCCCAAAGCAGAAGUUAGAGCCUGUAGAGUCCUUGUUGGGCAUUAAGCAGCUUUUGAGGACCCCAAAGCAGAAGUCAGAACCAGCAGAGGACCUGUCGGGCAUCAAGCAACUUUUGAGGACCCCAAAGCAGAAGUCAGAACCAGCAGAGGUCCUGUCAGGAAUCAAGCAGCUCAUGAAGACCCCAAAGCAGAAGUCAGAACCAGCAGAGGACCUGUCGGGCAUCAAGCAGCUCAUGAAGACCCCAAAGCAGAAGGUAGAGCCAGUAGAGUCCUUGUCAGGCAUCAAGCAGCUCAUGAAGACCCCAGAGGAAAAGCUGGAGCCAGCAGAAGACCUAUUGGACCCACAGCAAAUGUCAAAACCUAUUACAGAUGAAAAUGCCUCUGAAAAAUUGCUGGAGACUCCAAUACAAAAAAAAGAAGCAGUAAAAGAUGUGACAGGGGUUAAUUUAAUCAAGAAAACUCCAAAAUUGAAAUCCCAACCAGUAGAAGACAUGAUUGGAAUCAGCCGCAUUUUCAAGACACCAAAGGAAAAAGUUAAACCCAUAGAAGAUGUAUUUGGUAUUAGUAGAUUAAUGAAGACUCCCAGAGAGAAAUCUCACCCAGCUGAUGAUUUUGUGGGUCUGAGUAGGCUUAUGGCAGAACCCAGACAGAAAAAUUCUGAGCUUGAAAUGGACUAUGUUGGAGUUAAGGAAAUAUUUGACACGCCGGAAAAAACUAAGGUCAGGUCAGUAAAUGUUAAGGAUCCUAAGCAAGAAGAAAAUGUACCUCCUUGUAUUGAUGGCAGUCAUGAAUAUGAAGACAAAGGAAAUACUUCACAAGGUGAAGAUUCUCAACAGAAGUUAACUGGUGAAGACCAGUCUACUCAGAGACCAACAAGGGGCGGAUUGAGGAAGACGGUACAUCCUGCUUCAAUAAAGCAGACUAAAAAGGAUUUAAAUUUAAAAGAAUUGCAAGGCCUGGAGAAAAAGAGCUUCCAAGAAGAGAUGGGAGAGCUCAGAACUUCAACUUCAGUAGCUAAAAAUCUAGGAAGAGGGAGGAGAGCAAAUGCUUGUGUGGUAGAAGAAAACAUUUCAGAACAUCCUGAUGAGAAAGAAGUUGAAACUGCUUCGUCUUUGGAAAUGCAUGUUGCUACUCAAAGACCAAGAAGAGGCAAAAGGAAAGAGGCAAAGGAGUUAAAACUUCCAGAUGAGAACCUUGAGUCUUGUGGCAAAGAUUCUUCAGUGUUACAAAAAGAACCUGCAACUAUGAAACUGCCUUUGCAGGACUUCAUCAUCAGUGACGUGUUAAUAAAAGAUGAUCAAAGUAUAAAGGCAGAAAGUUUAUCUAACAGUCAAAAUGAAAAUUGUCAGCUGCAAACAGAUGUUAAAAACUCUGACAAUACAUCUAACGAAGCUGGUGCAGGAGACAGUGAAGAAAUGCUUCUACUCCCUAGGAAGAGGUCUAGAGAGGUGAGAAAAGUAGAAAACACAGAAGCACCGAUUGCACCUAAAAGAGGAAGGAGAGCUAGGAAUGACCAAGUCAAACAAGCUUCUUCAGAGGAGCUUCAUGCAACAAGAAGGAAGCUUCGUGAACAACCAUCAACAAAGGUAAUACAAGAGGAUGAGCGGACUUCUGAGACUGCUCCAGCAGAAGAAUCUGAAAACAGAACUAAAGUUGAAAUGAAGGUAACACAAAAAAGAGUUAACUCUACAAGAAAUGCUAGAAAACACUUGACGGAAGUAAAAUCAGACAUUUAUGGGAUGGCACCUGAAAAUACACAGAAUGUUCAGAAAAUUAAGGAAACAUCAGAUGAAACUGUUGCUGAAACACAAUCACCCUCCAAAAAUGAGAGGGAAGCAUCUCUGGGAGAUGAAGCUAAAAGUACUCAGGCAAAUACAGCAGAAGUAUCUCAAAGAUUAAAAUCAGAGUCACCUUCUGGAGAAACAAACAAAAUGACUGUUCCAGUCUUGGAAUCAAACAGCACAGUGCAAGAAACAAACAGAAGUAGGAGCAGAAGAGGCAAGAAGGACUCUUCAGAGAAAAAGAGUGAUGAAUCUGCUAAAAAUGUAAACAGCUCAGAGCUAAUUACACACAAAGUUAAGUCAGGAACAGAAAUGGAGGAAUCUUCUCCCACAGAGCCUUCAGGCUGUGUUGAUGUCAAGAAGACACGCAAAAUAAUGGAAGACCAGAACAGCACAUCUGCAGCCACAGUUACUGCUGUAAACAGUGAUGGUGUUGCUCGUAGCCAUCAAAAGCAGUCGGGAGAUGAGCAGGUAGUAAAAUCAAAGCAAAUGGAAACCCUGCAGGAGAAUCAAACACAAAAGAGGGGAACUAUGUGUAGAAGAGGUAGAAGUAGGAAAGUUAAUUUUGAACUUGAGCAAGCCAGUUCCAAAGCACGUGGACGAAAAAGGAGUUCACCUGGGGACGAGGAAGGGAUGACUUACAAACUUGGACAGCAAGAGACUUCAGAAAAUCCUUCUUGUCAAGUAAGGAGGAGCAGAAGAAAGCAAGUCAAUUCCAUUCCACAAGCAGCUAGUUCUACCUUUACAGAAAAGCAGACCUUAAUUGAAGAUCAUAGUAAAGAUGAGACUUCUGUAAAAGACCGUGAUCCAGCUUUGGAAGCUAAUCCCUCUUCAACAGAAGACUAUCCACUGAGACGGGGAAAAAGACGAGAGGUUGCUGUAGCAUCACAAGCGACGAGUUCUCUUUCUAUCAGAAAAAAACGUGGGUUGCAAGAAGGUGACGAUAAAAAGAUGACUGUGAAAGAAGAUCAAAAUCCAGCUUUGGGAAAUAGAACUUUGCAGGCAGAGACAAAUGCAUCAGCAAGGGACAAAAGAAAAAAGAUCGAUGUAGAAGCAGAGGCAAAAAGUUCAUCUUCUCUCCAGAGGAGAUGUGGCUUGUCACAAAACGAUGAUAAAGAGGAGAAUACUAAUGAAGAACAAAAUAAGCCUUUGGAACCAGCGUCCCACACGAAAGUGAACCCAUUAGGAAGGGGCAGAAGGAAAGAAGCUCCGGUGACACGCACAACUAAUUCAAUUUCUCUUAGAGGAAAACGUGGCUUGCCAGUGGACAGUGUUAGAGAAGAGGCUCCUAAAGAGGAUAAUGUUCCAUUAGAAACUGUUGCUUCAGCUCUGAAAGAAAAUCAGCUGAGAAGAGGCAGAAGGAAUCAAGUGAACUUGUCAGAAGCCACAAGUUCUACAUCUGCUCAGGGAACACACAGCUUAUCCAGAGAAACUGGUAGGAAGAAUCUUCGUAGAGAAGCUCGAAACCUGCUUUCUGAAAAAUCUGCUCCCCAGGAAAAAAUGGAUCUUUCAAAAGGGUACUUGAAGGAAAAAAAUAGCACUUCACUGCCUGUUAGCUCUAGAUCUCUUCGGAGUUUGCCAGAGGAUGGUAAGAAUGAAUCUCCUGAGGAGCAGCAGCGUAUGCUUCUGGAAACAACUCAGUCUUCAGAAGACAAUCCAUCAAGAUUGGGCAGAAAAAAAACAGUUUCUUUGCAACCUGAAGAUACUAGUUCCAGUUUUCUCAGGGAAAAACGUGUCUUCUGCAACGAUGGAGGUCAAAAGGGAAAUGUUAACGAAGGUGAAGGUACAUCUCUGGAAAAUAAUUCAUCCCAGGAAAACCGGAGGCAGCUGAGAAAGAAGAGGGAAAAGGUAGAAUUCAAAUCGAAGGCAGCUACUUCUACUUCUCUCCACGAUAAGGGCAACUUGCCAGGAAAUGAUAGCACUUCAGAAACUCAAAAUAAGUGUAUGGCAUCCACUGGUUCUGAAAAAAAUAAUCAGUCUGGAAAAGAGGUUAGCCCUGCUCAACAGCCAGCUUCCACUUCUCGCAGAAGAAGAUGUCAAUUGUCAGCAGAUGUCUUAGCACCCAAAAAGUUAAAAUCAGAUAAUGACGAAAACAGAUCACCAAGAAAAGGAAGAAGAAACAAAGCCAAAGAAGAACUUGACAGAGGGGGUGUAAAGACGACUCAGAUUCCUGGAGGAACAGACAGGAAGACAAGAUCGAGCACGAGAACAAGUGCAAGAACCAGAAAAUAGCCUUCAUGCUUGCGGAACCAGUUUUUAAAAGAAUUCAGUAAUUGAAAUGGCAGGUUUUUAACGUGAAUUGAUUUGCACUCGGAUUUUAAGUUCAGGUUUUGUAAAGCAAUCAUGAUGUUAUGAAAUUACUUCUCUUGACGUGUUUACAGAUGUGGCAUAGAUACCCGUUCUUUGUAGACUUGUCUGUGUAGCAGUUCUUCAACCACGGGGUGCUUGUGCAGAAUGGCAAAUAUAGAAGUCAAUGCUUUCUAACAGUAUUUAUCCCCUUCUUCUGUUGAUCAGUACAGCAAUCAGGAAGCCAUGCUACUUUACUGUCCAUUCAAUUGUAAGCUAUUUUCUGCUUAGUUUCAUGUGCUUACGUCUUGCUUUUUCAUUCAAGUCCUGUAAAUAUUCUUUAAAAAAAGAUCUAUAGAUUUAUUAGCGGAACUUCUAUGUUGAAUUUUUUUUAAAAAAGCUCUUUUUACUGAGAAGAUUUGUAAUUCAUUAAAUUUGUAAACAAUUUGA